AUGGAUCUGGAUGUUAAUCUGGAUUUAAACCCAAGUUCGACUGAUAUCGAAAUAAAAGCCGGCUCGAGAGGACUUUACAUUGACAGCACAUCGUCUCAUGCGUCAAGCACAAUGGUUGAAUUCAGUCCUUCGAAUUCAUCGAUGUCCAGUAUAGAAACUAGGCGACCUGCAAGAAGAUCGUCAAUAACACCAAGUUCAUCUAAUCAGAUCGAAAUCAUCAGGACGACGAUAACCAAAGAAGAAAAUGAAAGGAAGGCACCCUUACAAGCUUCUACUCGUAGACGCAGAUCACGCGUUAUGCCCGAGGAGGUAACCAGGCCCAGUACUUCAACUCGUCCUCGUCAUUCACCGGCUCGUCGCUACUCCCCAUCACCUGAAGUUCGGAGUAAACUGAAGAGCAUUGCAGCCUUGCUUCAAAAUAAAGCAAAGCAGCAGGAAAAGAGCAAAAUGGUUUUUCAUUUGUCACAACUUCCAUUUUGCUGUGAUGCAACGUCUGGCGUACUUCUCGAAUGCCUGGUGAAUCGCGAUGCUUCGGAUUUCGUAUUAUUCAAAAAAGAUGAAGUGCCGUCGGUGGAACCUGCAAAAGACACGAUAGAACUCCCUACGAGUGCUAGCACAUCAACUGCUUCUGGUUCUGUCAUAAAACAAGAGGUCACUGCGAGCGCAGUUUCAUCAGAUGACGAAGACGAGGAAGAAAACGCUGUGGUUCCUUUCGUAAGAAUGGCUGACAUAGGAGCAGCUCCUUUCACUGGCGCGCCCCUUAGUCCAAUUACUAUUCCUGUUGUUGUGAAAUCUAGAAAAAGGCCUAGAUCAUCAGUACCUGUCAUCAAGCUCCCACGACGGAGAACGCUCGGCGAGUUGAGCAAAGUAGAAAUCGCUGGUACAUCUGUGCAGCCUUCUAACGCUGAACAAAAUUCACCAAAAGUUACGGAGGUUCCUACGGCAAAAGAAUUGAAGGAAAUCAUCACAGAUGUUGUGUCCACUUCUCACUCUGAGAAAGAUCUCCAUACAGAAGUUGUUCCGGCGAGGAAAUCCAAGCGGAUGGCCUCUGAAAGUGGGCUGGUUCCCACUAGUGAAGCAAAAUUUGUCUCGGCAGGGAACGAUCAAACCUCAGACUCAGCUGAACCCAAAGGCCUUCCUGUAAAAAGAAUGAAGAAGUCAGGUUCUCCAUCCGCUUCUGAUCGACCAAAACGUUCUUCUGCCGGAAAGACUCUCAGUUUCCUAGCUAAAGUAACGAAAAGAAGGCGAUCCGCCCUUAAUACAGAUUCAGCUGAUGGGACUAAGAAAGGAGGUUCCUCCUUCGAAACUGCUACAGACGUGGGAUCUCAAUCUUGUUUGGCGCCAGCUGUUGCGCCUGCUACGAGCAGCGUGAACUUAGACGCUGACAAUGGUUCCCUUACGAACCCUCCUUUGAAGUCCGUUAUUGCUCGUGGCAGAAGAAGUUCUGCUGCAAGUGGCACCGCAAAAAGCAUACUCAGCAUUCAAGAUGAACCUUCGAGAGUGCAAGGUAUUGCUCUGAUCCUUGGCUCGGCUUUCAGUAGUGAUAUUCAGUCCGCUAUUACAAUUUUCAGCAGCACUCGUUCCACAUCUGUGGCGUCCACUGAUCAGGUUAUCGCAAGCGGAAGUCAAGAAUCAAUUUCGAAUUCCGAACAUACUCUCUCUGGUAACAGAGGCAAAGGUGGAGGUAGAGGACAAGGGCGUUCAUUCUUAGUCAGAGCUCGCGGAGCUAGACGAUCUAGAAUUUCUGCGGACGGCCGUGUGUCGCCUGUACCUGCAUCGAAGUCAUCACCGAAUCUUCAAAAUCUUCGUAGAUCCAGCCGAAGCCACAUCCCGGCAAGCAAGACGCAAGAGUCAGAACAAUCCGAGCAACCAGCAGAAAGUCGUUCUAAUUCUUGGUCUGCGGCAAAGAAUGUCAAUCCGAACUCGGCUUUGGGUAUUUUGCGAAGGGUGUCUAGGUACACACGCCCAAUCAGGUCUCCUUCUCCACAGCCAUUGACAGCCACUGUGAUCAAGGCCAAGGAACAACCUACUCCACCAUCUGUGGUGCCAGUUACAACUCCAAGUCUUGAGGUCCACUCGCAAGGUGUUGAAAAAACAACGUCAGAAUCGUCAGAAGAACAGAGCAAAAAAAGUUCAAUAUCUUCGAGGGAAGAAGAGAAGGCUGUUUCGGAUACGCUCGAGAAACAUGGAGGAGAUCCCCCGGAGCAUCCUGAAAAGACAACUAACGACGCAACAAAGUCUGUAGAGUAUCAGGACCGAGUCUGCUCAGAUGUUCCGGAAGUGUCAUCAGAAUCCGCUGUUAAGCCCACUAACGUGGAGAACGUUCAUUGCUCAGCAUCUUCAGGAUUAGAAAACAAGAAUGAUGAGGGGAAACUCGCUGAGGAAGUGACGGAAGCUAAGAAAGGCAGAGCCUCAAGUGUAGCAAAAAUAUCAGUCAAUGCUGGACGAAUAUCUUCACGAGCUGUGCGCCCUUCUUCACGAUUCCUGAAUGCUGACUUUGUUUCACCGCUGCGGAAGAAGAGAGGAAGACGUCCAAAAAUCGCUUCUCAAGAGGUUGAAGUAGGUAAGGCAAGCGAGACUGCAGAUGCUGUUGCUAGCAGUAAAGAAGAAAUCACUGACAAGGAUGUUGCACUUGAACAGAAUGCCAAAAUUCCUCUAACGGGAACAUCUGGAACAACUCCGCUUACUAAAUCCAAAGUUGUACCUAGUACGGUAGAAAAGCUGGGUGUGUCCAUUAAUGCAGUAAUGGAUCGGUUGCUAGCCGAGGUAUGUCAAGAUGGAAUCACUCGACAUUCUGCCAUCAUCAACAAGCGAGAGAAGAGGAAAAGAAACAUCGAGAAAGCACGCGAACGUGUUCAUCGUUUGAAAGAGGAAAGGGCAGCUCGUCUGGCUUCAGGAUAUGUCCAGCCUUCAGGGAAAACACAGAGUUCUGAACCAAAUGAAGAUGAUCUAUCUCCCCGAGCGCGUAAUUCUAAGCACCGAUUGAUGCAGAAGGAUUUCCUGUACCCGUCAUUGAAACGUGAAACGAAGGCUGAAAAGAAAAGAAAUGAAGAAAUUCGUCGGCAACGAUCCCGCAAUGUCAUGAAUCAGUUAGCAGAAUCAACUCGUGAGAAGGAAACUCCUCCUGCUUCUCGACGCAACUCAGCGACUGUUGCAAAAAUCAGACCUCGCGAGCCGUCUCCCUUCGAUCCGGACAAAGGGGAGCGUCUGCGACGCGAAGCGGAGCAACGAGAAAAGCAAAAGAAGCUCACGAUGCCGAUCUCUUUCAACACUUUUCUUUCGUCCAAAACUACUAUGCUGACUGCUCAACCGCUUUUGCAACCACAACGCUCGAACGAUCGACCGUCGGCUCCUGAUCAUUUUUAUCGAGAGCUGCUAUGCGAAUCUGCUGUUGCCACAGAAACAGUCGAGGAAACAUGGAACGAGUUCGAUAUGGAUGGCGACGAUGGGCUCGAUGUGACUACCAUCGAAGCCGUUCACAUACCGAAGCUCGAUGAUUAUGUUGCGCCGCCUGAAAUUGAUGAAAGUGCCGAACCAGUUGCUGCAUCAAUCGAACAAAUGCUGAUGAGACCAACCGUAUACGCUGAAGAAGACGGCAUAUCUUAUUUGCAGGAAAGGGCGCUUGAACAACCUGAACUUCGGCGUGAUCUCCUGGUGAUGGCAAUCGACUGCAUCUCCGCAUUGCAUGUGGCACGAUUGUCUGCGAGUGGUCGCGAAGCUGCCGUUGUCGUUUACAAUGCAGUCACAACACAAGCCAGCAAAAUGCGUGACGUCAUUUGCAUGUUCAGUAAUGAACGGGAAGAGGCUGUUUAUUGGUUGCAUCGUUAUCUCAUUGAAAUGCUGCCUGUGGAGCUACUAGCGUCCUAUCUAUUUCUUUUGCGGCAUACUAGACUGCUGAACUGUCAAGUGAAGUCAAUAGUUCGAAGUACGCAGAACGACUCUAACCCAUGGCCAGAGAUCACUCACAUGAUCAUAAAGUACAUUGAGCUUAACGUCGUCGAACCAGACGCAGCUGAAUUAGAUCGUACAAUCGCUUCAGGUUCACUGCCAGACGUCAUUUUCGUACUGGUCGCUCCCAACAUCUCUGUUGGAGAUUUUUCUGUGAGAGACCGACACUACGACCCUGUGUACAAAUGGCUUCGUGAGAUGGGUAAUCCGGCCUCAACAGUAAUUCGCCUGAAAAUCGAUGAAUCAUUCUCAACUGCCAUAAGCGAAAUGUUCUUCACAGGAGUGAACACGAUAUCGCGUGCGGUAACGAAACUCGUUCGAGAACAUAAGCAGAAGCGGAUUGUGCUAGUCGGUUGGGGUACCUCUUGCUGUUUCAAUCAUGUGGUGCUCAACACAGUUGCAGGCGUCUCUGCAGUAAUUGACCUUGGUUUUCCUCUGCUUACCAUAGACGGAAUGCGUGGGGUUGUGCCUACUGGCCUGGUUGUGAUCGGUCAUGCCAACAACAUGCUGGCCGUGUCGUGUUCCGUUUUGUCUCGCCUGCGGAUAACUCAAAGAGUUGUAAAUAGAUGUAUAGUGGAACAGAUUUGCGAUUUUCUCUCUAUGGAGUGGACAAAGCGUGAACGGUCGCGCCUUGUUCCACUGCCGUUAAACGAUACUUUCAAGAUUGACUUGAUGCAGCUCAAACUGGAUGAAAAGGCUGCACAGGCGAAUCGAAAACCGAGGGUCGAAGAAAGCUCAGUCGAUAGUCGUGGCCGCAAAAAGAAAUUAUCUGGUACUCCACUGCCAUCUCCUAUCCCUCGGGAUGCUUCACCUUCACCACUUCCUCUCUCGCAGCUAGACAGUGUGCGGUCCAAUUUCCAAAACCUCUUAAAGAAAGCCGGUACUGAAAAGCCUCCAAAGUGGCCUGAAGAUCGGUCACUGAUUUCCAGCACAUUUAAGGAACCUCGCCUUCCAGCAAAACCUGGAUCUGCUAUGGCAUCGCCAGUACCUGCUCGCACCGAGUCUCCGAACUUAGUGGACCCUGCUUCAAUUUCGUUGACUUAA